AAAUUCGUUCUCUUCGUCGUCAAAUGCCAUAAACAAAAAGAACCUACGUCGGCGCUUCGCUACAAAAGAAUGAACUUCAGGAUAAUAUUCAACUCGUUUCAAAAGCGAUCGUUAAACGUAUAUACGGUGUAUUUUGUAGCAACCAAUCAGAUUGCAGGAAGAAGGCAGGAGACGAUUUUCCAUUCUGCGCAAGCGCGCAGCGUCAUUCCCAAAGUUGAGGAAAAUGGCGAUAGGACGCUUGUGUCGUAAUGCCGAAUUAAUCCAAACAUCCCGAUGAAUCGAUAAAGAAUCGACUAAUUAAUGAAAUGAGAAAUAUCGAUGAAUAAAAAAAAUGCAAAAAGGGGAAACAUGAAAAGACGAUAGAAAAGUGGAUAUCAGUGAAUUGCAGAAAAUUCCUGUCAGAGCUGCUGAAAAUAUGAAGGCAGCUUUUGGGAAAGAGAAAAUUCAAAUAUUUUAGAAAAGUGGAGUUAAAAGUGACAUGGAGAAGUUUUGGAUAGUUGGUAUUUCUUUCAACCCUUUGUCAGGGAAUCAGCGAUUCGUAAGACUGGUUUUCAAUAAGAGUACAAAGGAAAAAGAAAUGACUAAUUGAAUUUGUCAACUGAUAGCAGUUUUUCAUCUCUAUCACGUCUAUGAAUCAUCGACCAACGUGGGAUCGCCGUUAAACAAAUUCAUGCUGCUGCUACUGACUGGAACAAUUAUUUGUAAUCGCUGAAUCAUCGAGUGUCUCGCGAUACAAAAAUAUUCGCAGAAUAGAAUUCGCAAAAAAAGAAGGAAGGACAAAAAAUGAAUCACGAUGUAUUAUCAUCGACAGCGAUUGAUAUUAAUUUCCAAAAAAUUAGUUGUUCAUUCAAGGAGAAUUUUUUGAGGGAAAAAAAAUGUGUUCUUCAGGAAGUGAGUGGAAAUUUUAAAUGUGGUCAAUUGACGGCAAUAAUGGGACCAUCAGGCGCUGGUAAAUCGACUCUUCUCAAUAUUCUCACUGGAUUUCAAAGAAAUUUCGAAGGUAGAUUAAUAUAUCAGAGUGAGAAGGGCGAGAUAAGUUAUAAACAUUUUAAGAAGUACUCUCGCUAUAUUCAGCAGGAUGAUGCACUGUAUUCUUUUUUCACGGUUAGGGAAACGAUAACAAUAGCUGCUGAGUUGAAAUUAGAGAGUAGUAUGAGUAGAAGUGUGAAGAGAAAAAUAAUUGAUGAUAUUCUUAGUUCUUUGGAUUUGAUGAAGACGAAAGAUACGAUUUGUGGUAAAUUGAGUGGUGGUGAGAGAAAGAGGUUCAGUAUUGCCCUUGAAAUGUUAAAUGAUCCUCUAGUCAUGUUUCUUGAUGAGCCAACAACUGGUCUGGAUUCAUCGGCAGCAAUGCAAUGCGCAACUGUAUUGAAGAAUUUGGCGAAAAAUUCGAGAACCAUCGUUUGUACGAUACAUCAGCCGAGUACAACUAUUUAUGAGAUGUUCGAUCAUGUUUAUAUGGUUGCUGGGGGACGAUGUAUUUAUCAAGGUGAUCCAAUGAUGAUUGUUUCUUAUUUUAGUAGUUUUGGACUCACUUGUCCUAAAUAUCAUAAUCCUGCUGAUUAUGCAAUGGAGGUGAUGUGUAAUGAAUAUGGGGAUUUUAAUAGAAAAUUAUCUGUGGGACAGAAUUCGGAGAUGAAAAUGCAAACGUGGAGAAAGAAGCAAGAAGAGAAGAUUGAGGGACUUAAGAAGGGGAAUGUUGUUAGGACAAUGAAUCCACCGUCGGAAUUUAAUAAAACGAGAGUUUUGUUGUUUAGAUGUUUUUUGCGAUUCUAUAAGGAUUGGCAAUCAACUAUGAUACGAUUUUUCAUGUAUUUUUUGCUUGGUGUUCUGUUUGGUAUGACUUAUUAUGAUUGUGGUUUUAAUGCGGAGAAGUUCCCCUCGAAUAUAGGAAUGUUCACGUUAAUUGGUAUAAUUGUGUUUUAUUGUAGUUUAUUGCCGGCUGUGUUGAAAUUACCCUUUGAAUUGAGUAUCCUAAGGAAGGAAAAUUUAAACGAUUGGUAUAAAAUUCGAAGUUAUUAUGUUGUAUUUGUCAUUACGAAUCUUAUAUUUCAAGCUGGUUUUGUUGCACUGUUUACUGGUCUGGCUUAUGUUUUGAGUAAACAACCAAUGGAAUUGUUUCGUUUUCUUAUGUUUGUAACAAUAAUGAUAUUGUUUGCAUUUAUUGGCGAGUCUAUUGGUUUAAUUUUGGGUAUUAUAUUUAAACCGGUGGCGGGAAUUUUUGGUUGUAUUGUCGUUGGUUCAUCUCAAUUGUCAUUUUGUGGUUAUUUUAUUUAUUACAAUCAUAUGUCACCGUUUGUUUAUGAAUUAUGUCAAUUUGUUUUUACGCGCUAUGUUAGUGAGGGAGUACUCAAUAGUGUUUAUAGAUAUGAUCGAGAGAAACUUGAUUGUCCAAGUGAUGUUAUUUAUUGUCAUUUUCGUGAUCCUACUAUUUUUUUGCGUGAAAUUGGUCUUGAUGAGCCGAAAUUUAUCACUGAUGCGACGGUAUUGGCGAGUCAUGCGGCAUUUUUCUUUAUUGUUGGAUAUAUUUUGUUGAAGAAAAAGGUGUCUAGUAUUUGAGUGGUUUUUUUGUGAAACUUUAUUUUUUUAAUGACUGAAAAUUUUGAACGUUUAAAUAGACGAGGAUAUUUUUGUUACUUCCCUUUUGGUUUUUGAAUUUUGUUGCAAAAUGGUUUGUAAAAUUUAAAUCUUAAGUAUAAACAAAUAUUUAACUCUACUUAUUUUACAUAAUACAUUUUAUUAUAAAUUUACCAUAAGUAAAUGUUCAACUCACAUUAUUUUUCACUUGAGUAUAAAAAAAU